AGAGAUACAGAUACAUUCGGGCCGCGAGUGCGGGCGAGAUAGACACAACUCCUGUUCCCGGUUUCCCGUUUUCCGUUUCGUCAUUCCCAUUCCAAAUUCCCGUCACACGAGUUAGCAGCGCACACACUUCCAUCGCACAGCUGCAACUCGCUUCGAGAUCCUUUUUGUAGCGUGCUCGCAGCAACAUAACCCCUUUUAUAUUCUGUUGGGUUACCAACGACGCCCCUGCAGGCAGAAAGCAGAAGCAGAAACAGCAGAAGAAGAAGAAGCAGCACGGCACACAGCACAGAGCACAAGCACAGAGGCGAAGCGAAGCAGUGGCAACAGCAACACAGAAAAACAGCAAAGCAGCAAAGCAAAGCAUUGGAGUAGUUGUUUGGAUGUGGACGGAAAGGAAGACUGGCGGCGACUAACUAAAAGUACAUUGACAGGAGCAGCACGGAGCGGACAGGAUAAGGAUAAGCGGCCGAUAACAGCCAGCAAUAUAUUUGGCACAUAUAUAUAUUUAUAUAUAUAUAUAUAUUGCACACAAGCAUAUAUAUAGCCAGGCAGCCGGGCACACUUGCGGAGCAGCCAAAAGUCCUGGGCACCAAUAAACCAGAAACCAGAUAGAGACGACCAGUACCCACCAGCAACCAACCAUUAAAAGGCAGCAAACACGACGACGACACAUCCUUAGAAGAUGUCCAACGGCAAGGCGACGGUCUCGUUCUUUGAGAACGGGAGCACCACACAGUUCGAGUACUGCUACCAGUUGUAUCCCCAGGUGCUCAAGCUGAAGGCGGAAAAGCGCUGUAAGAAGCCUCAGGAGUUGAUCCGCCUGGACCAGUGGUACCAGAACGAGCUGCCAAAAUUGAUCAGGGCGCGCGGCAAGGAUGCGCAUAUGGUGUACGAUGAGCUCGUCCAGUCGAUGAAGUGGAAGCAGUCGCGCGGCAAGUUCUAUCCGCAGCUAUCCUACUUGGUCAAGGUUAACACACCGCGCGCCGUCAUUCAGGAGACGAAGAAGGCCUUCCGAAAACUGCCCAAUCUGGAGCAGGCGAUCACAGCUUUAUCGAACCUCAAGGGUGUCGGCACCACAAUGGCCAGUGCCCUGCUGGCCGCCGCAGCUCCCGAUUCGGCACCGUUUAUGGCCGACGAGUGCCUGAUGGCAAUACCAGAGAUCGAGGGCAUCGAUUACACCACCAAGGAGUACCUCAACUUCGUCAAUCACAUCCAGGCUACCGUGGAGCGCCUCAAUGCGGAGGUGGGUGGCGACACGCCGCACUGGUCGCCGCAUCGCGUGGAGUUGGCCUUGUGGUCGCACUACGUGGCCAACGAUCUCAGUCCCGAGAUGCUUGACGAUAUGCCGCCGCCUGGAUCUGGAGCAGCCGGCACUGGCACCGGACUCAGCACAAACGGCAGCAGCAGCAAGGUGCUCGACGGCGACGACACCAACGACGGUGUGGCCGUCGACCUGGACGACGAGAGCCAGGGAGCAGGCGGUCGCAACACGGCUACGGAAUCGGAGACAGAGAACGAGAACACCAAUCCGGCUACCCUAACGCCUCUGCAGUCGGGCGAGGCCAAGAACAAUAGCACCACAGCUGCCGUGGGCGCCGCACUCCAGGACGGUGACUCCAACUUUGUGUCGAACGAUUCCACCUCCCAGGAGCCGAUUAUUGACGAUAACGAUGGCACCACACAGACAACGGCCACCACGUCGACGGAGGAUGGUGAACCCAUAGCCCUGGGCAUUGGUUUGGGUGGCACACCGCUCGCCUCGGACUCUGAAAGUAAUCAGGAGGCGCCGCCCAAGACUAACAGCCUGACCAUCCUGACUCCGACACAGCCCUCGACCCAGAAUCAGAAUCAGACGCAGGCGCCAAGCCAGCCCCACAAAACUAGCAAGGCGAUCACCAACAACGGCCAGGUGGUGGCUCCUUCGGAAGCCGAGGAAGCGGUCACAGCAGCAGCAGUAGCACCACAGCCAGCCAGCAAAGCAACUCCAGUGGCAGCACCAGCAGCAGCAGCGGCCAAUGGGAAUGGAAACGGCAACGGCGUCUUGGGCGACGAGGAUGAGGAUGAGGUGGACGAGGAGGAGGACGAGCUGGAUGAGGAGGACGAAAACGAGGCGGAGCUAGAGGCUGAUGAGAGCAAUAGCAGCAACGGCAUUGUGCGGGACAGUAAACUGCAGCAGCUGGCGGCGAGUAAGGUGGCGGAUGCGGUUUCGCCGGUGGCGUCAGUGGACGCAGAUUCAGCGCCAGCAAUCGGACAGAAGCGCACGGCCCUGCAUUGCGAGAUGGAGCUGAACAACGCCGGUGGUGUGGGUGUUGGCGUGGGGGAGAAGUCGCCAGAGCUAAAGAAACUGCGGAGCGAAUGAGGCGGUGAGGAUGCGAUAUACGGAUACGGAUGCGGAUGCAGAAACGGGGAUCGGUUCGGUUCAGCUCGCCGCGUAUCUGGUGGAAAGACAUAUGUAUGUAGUGCAGUUGAGUCGACAUAGAGACAUAGAGCAACAUUACCUACACUUUACCACAACAACAUUCAAGAAAUUCUACUAUUAAGCAACUAAUUAUACAUACAUAUAAUAUAUUAUAUAUAUAUAUACAACAUAUAACGAGAAGCAAACACCCAAUACACAACACUCAUACACACAACACAAUACAACUCCACACAAAAUCCGACAUAACAUAACAUAACCGAUCAGAUCAGAGCGGAAUAUAAGAUCCCGAUCCAGCAAGCAGAACCACAAACAACAUUUCAAUAGCAUAGGAAGCGCGCCAAGAUGAUGAAUAAGAAGAAUCCGAUCAAGAAUCCGAAGAACAAGCAGCAGCAGUAAAAGAGAGUUCAGAAUGCAACGUUAACGUAAUAUUAUAAUUGAAACGAAAAGCAAAUGCAUGAAUAGUAACUAUAAAACAAGAUCAGAUGAAAAUCGAUAUUUUUACACAGUCAGAAGGAACAUUUAAAUAUAAAGAAAUUUACAAAUGCCGCAGUUGCCCACUACAUACAAAAAAAAAAAAAAAUGAAAAAAAAAAACAAAACAAAAUGAUUAAGAUGGAAAAAACAAUAAUUAUAAUAAAACAAAAAUAAUUUAUAUACAUAAGUAUUUAAAUUUAAUAAUAAAUCAAAACUUGUCGCAUAAACCAAGCCACCACCACCUCACCCCCUCGACCUUCGACCCGCAGCAACUCGCGCUCUCUCUCUCGCACACCAACACACAGCACACACACAACACACACUCUGAAAAAACAAAACAAAAACAAAACUCAUUUCAACACUAAGAAAUUUUUGUGGUCGUAAUUAUAAUAAUAUAAUUUAUAUUUUAUGUGUACAACUUUUUUUUAACUUUACAUAUACUGAAUUUUUUAUAAUUUAUACGAUAAUCACUUUCAUUUGAUUUUCACGAAAAAAGAAAAGGGAGCGAACAUAAGAAAUCUGCAUCUUAUUUGCACCCGACGCAUUUCGGCCGAUCUCCGGGUGGUUUGGGUUGCCGGUAGCGGGUUGUUUCCGAUAUUCUCGACCCACACAACCCGCAGAUCGAUCGAGACUAUAAAAACGAAAAAAACAAACACCAUCUCAAAAUUAUAAUCAUUUUUAUUAUUAGUAGCAUAAGUCCAAAUAAAAUGUGAAAUAUUAAGAGAACACGGCAUAAAACUGAAAA